AUGUUUUCAACCCGCAGCGCAGCCAACCGUCUAGCACGACGCAGCAGCGGAGAACGCUCCUGGAACCCAUACCAAAUGUUCGGCCAAAAAACACACAACCGAUCGAACUCUAUGCAGCUCGAGAAUGGAUUAGCCCAUUCCCAGACCCUAGGCGACCUCCCAGCAGACCAGCAUCGCCGAGAGGAAAUGAACGCCGGUAUUAGCGCUCCGGAGUACUCGAACACGUUCCCGGCAGAGUUCGUUGGCAGCGACCAUGAAACACACAAGUCUCCGCCUGAACCGUCCAUGGCUAGCCAGGAUCCGAUCAAUGUUUCAUCAGUGCGCGGCGUUGAUACUGAGACUGUUGGAUCGGCGCAAACGCGUCAGCGUAAGGGUGGCAUCUUGGGCAAGUUUAAGCAUCGCCAUGAUGGCGAUGAGUGGGAGGAUAAGAAGCCGCAUCAGAAAUUCACUUUUGUCUCGCAGUUAAGGGCUACUAUCUUGAAUUCGUGGAUCAAUGUUCUUUUGGUUGCUGCACCUGUUGGAAUUGCGCUUUAUGCCGUUGGCGCCAAUCCGAUUGCGGUCUUCGUGGUGAACUUCAUUGCUAUCAUUCCCCUUGCUGCUAUGCUCAGUUUCGCAACUGAAGAGAUUGCCCUUCGCACGGGCGAAACAAUCGGCGGUCUGCUUAAUGCCUCGUUCGGUAACGCCGUCGAGCUGAUCGUUGCAAUCAUUGCGCUGGUCCAAGGCAAAACCCCCAUCGUGCAGACAUCACUCAUCGGGAGUAUUUUAUCUAACCUGCUCCUGGUGAUGGGCAUGUGCUUUUUCCUCGGUGGUAUCCCCCGCGUAGAGCAAAAUUUCAACGUGACUGUUGCCCAGACAGCCGCGAUUGAAAACGGAGACAGCACUGCCGCUCUAUCCCGAGGCACGAGUGUCCUCCUUCUAAUCGUGUACGGCUGCUACCUCUUCUUCCAGCUGAAGUCGCACGCCGAUAUGUACAACCGACCCAGCGAGAAGGUCGAACGGCGACACGCAAAGGUCGGCGAAGGCGACGCCAGUCGGGGUAUUGCCCAGAUUGGCAAAAUGACUGCCGUGCCGUUGGUUGGGCAGAACGCAGACCACAUGCAAAUGGAUGAUCAUGAUGACACCGAGGAGCCGCAGUUGUCUAUUGUGUCUGCCAUCCUCACGCUGAUUAUCUCGACUGCGUUUGUUGCUACGUGCGCUGAGUUCAUGGUUGAAUCUAUCGACGCCUUGACGGCUACCGGUAACAUUGGCGAGACAUUCGUCGGGCUGAUCCUUCUGCCUAUCGUUGGUAAUGCGGCUGAGCACGCUACCGCGGUGACAGUCGCAUGCAAGGAUAAGAUGGAUCUUGCUAUUGGUGUCGCAGUCGGAUCCAGCAUGCAGAUUGCACUGCUUGUGCUGCCGCUGAUUGUUGUUCUUGGGUGGAUUAUUGGUGAUGAGGAUAUGACUCUCAACUUCGAUGGAUUCCAGGUGAUCGUACUAUUCAUGUCUGUUCUUUUGGUCAACUACCUCAUUGGUGAUGGCAAGUCUCACUGGCUCGAGGGUGUCUUGUUGAUGAUGAUGUACCUCAUUAUCGCUCUUGCGGCUUGGUUCUUCGUUUAA